UAAUUGAUGAUUUGAUGGUCAGAUGGGAAAGAAUUCGAAUAUGUGAAGUGGUUGCAAGGACCAUGACGCACGUGGUUGCAAAAACCAUGACGCAAGUGUGUUCCAUUAUGUUCCACCAAAUACUAAUAAUAGAACUCACCCGAACCAAGAACCUAAUUCAUUUUUCCUUUCUUAUUAGAAUAAAUAAUGAACCCAUUUUCGCAUAUAACACAAUACUCAAUAUAAGAUCACAGUAUAUUUUUGCUCCUUCAUUCUGUUGCAUGCUGCAAUGGCUAACGACAACAACAAGAGAUCAUCAUCAUCAUCGUCAAUUUGUGAGAUUUCAAUGUUGUUGGUGGCCAACAUCAUCAGACUCUCAUCUCUCAGGUUCAGUAGUUCUUCAAACUUGUCAUCAUCAUCAUCAUCACAGCAUCAUGAGAUUGGUGGCGACAGUACCAGAAACUCUGUUGGAAAAAUCAUGUCCAACAAGAACAGGAAGCACUUAUUGUUACAGCAGCCAGAGUUGAACCCUAAAAUGCCACGUUCCUAUCUAAUGAAACCCGAAAAGGAGGAAGAGGGUCCAACAACCACCACCUUUGUGAACGACGAUGUCAAUGUCGAUGCGGACAAAUUUAUCAAAAAGAUUCGUGCCAAGAUUAUUAAUGGGAAUAAUGGAAACCCUAAUGCUACUGCUGCUCCUCCUAAACCCAAACCUUACUCCUCAUCGCCCAGUAUAUAUAGUCUCAAAGAUUAGAUAUAGCUUUUCUCACUCAGUUUGGCAAUUCUUUGAUGGAGGAAGAUCAAAGAAUCAUAUAUUAGGAUUAGACACAACAAAUCAAUAUGGUGAUUAUGAAUCAGAUAUGUUCUCAAGUGUAUUUAUUAAUAAUUUAAUAUAGAUAAUCUUGAUAUUAAA